AUGGCGGUUGAUCACAUAUCGACUUUCUAUGAUGAUAUGUACACGAAGAGAAACGAUCCAGAUGAGAAGAUGUUCUUCGGAAGGCGACAGAGAUUAUCUUACGUUCCUAUUAUUGUGUUUAUUUUCUUAAUUCCAUUCGCAUUGGGGUACAACCUUCUGCCCGACGAUGAAGUGAACGCUUUGAGGCAGGCAGCAGAGACGUUGGGGAAGACAAACUGGAACUUCAGUGCUGAUCCAUGUAGUGGUGAAUCGGGAUGGGUCACCCCUAAUCCGGCCAAAGGAUUUGAAAAUGCUGUCACCUGCAACUGCUCGGACUCCUAUAAUGGCACCCUCUGCCAUGUCAUCAGCAUGGAAGAAAAUAAAGAAACACUCCUCAACAACGGUGAAGGAAAACUUUCGCCUCAGGGGUCUAAAUGUCUCUUAUAUUCUCUUCCAUGCAGAGUUCUCAAAGCUCAAAAUCUUCCAGGAGUUCUCCCACCAGAGUUGGUCAGGCUUCCCUACCUUCAGCAAAUUGAUUUCUCCCGAAACUACCUUAGGGGUAGGAUACCUCCAGAAUGGGGCUCCUUGCAGUUGGUGAAUAUCUCCCUUAUUGGAAACUGCUUAUCAGGUCCGAUUCCAAAAGAGAUUUCAAAUAUCACGACUCUCAGAGAACUGACCCUUGACUAUAAUCAGCUUUCUGGAGAUCUUCCUCCAGAGUUUGGGAAUCUGGUCAACAUAGAGAGAGUUCUGAUUUCAUCGAAUAAUUUCACGGGGCAGUUGCCUGGGACACUUUCUAAGCUGGCCAACUUGAGGGACUUUAGAAUAAGUGACAACCACUUUAGUGGAAAAAUACCGAGUUUCAUAAAAAACUGGACCAAGCUCGAAAAGUUGGUCAUACAGGCAAGUGGCUUAGAAGGUCCCAUUCCUUCUGAAAUUUCUCUUUUGGAAAAUAUAUCUGAUAUGAGGAUCAGUGACAUAAAUGGAAAAGAAGCAGUUGUCCCACCAUUGAGUAAUUUGACAAGCAUUAAGACGCUGAUAUUAAGGAGUUGCAACCUUAUUGGAGAUAUACCUUCAUUUCUAGGGGAAAUGAAAAAACUAAAAGAAUUGGAUCUGAGUUUUAACAAGCUUACAGGGGCUAUUCCAAGCAGCUUUGAAAGCUUUUCAAAGUUAGAUUUAAUGUAUCUCACUGGAAAUUUAUUAAGUGGUACUGUGCCUGAUUGGAUGCCAAUGAAAGGGGAAAGCAUUGAUCUUUCCUACAACAACUUUACAUUGGGAAGCUCAGGAGUGCCUAGUUGUCAGCGGGGGCAUGUGAACUUGUUUGGGAAUCCUUAUUUUGGAAACGAUUUGGGUGGAAUUGUCGCAUGCCUGCAAGGAUUUUAUUGUCCACGAAAAUGGUAUUCCCUCUACAUAAAUUGUGGUGGCAGAGAAGUAACUAUCAAUGGAAGCGCAUAUGGAGCUGAUCAAGACACUGCUAGUCCUUCAAAGUUUUUCCAAAGUGGAUAUAAUUGGGCUUUUAGCAGCACUGGUUCCUUCUUAGAUGAUGACAAAAAUAUUGAUGACUACAUUGCUACAAAUACAUCCAGACUCUCGAUGGAUUCCAAAUUGUACACAACAGCACGCCUUUCUCCUCUCUCUCUAACCUAUUAUGGAUACUGUCUAGUAAAUGGAAAUUACACUGUGAACCUUCACUUUGCGGAGAUCGUGUUUACGAAUGACAAGGCAUAUAGCAGUCUUGGGAGGCGCAUAUUUGAUGUCUAUAUUCAGGGAAAAUUGGCACUGAAGGACUUCAAUAUAAUGGAUGAAGCAGGUGGAGCUGGCAAGGAAGUCAUUAAAACACUUUCUGCAAUAGUUGUAGCAAGCGGAACAUUAGAAAUCCGCUUCUACUGGGCUGGAAGAGGGACAACUGGAAUCCCUUCUAGAGGAACCUAUGGUCCUCUUAUAUCAGCCAUCUCUGUGGAUCCUGAUUUUGUACCUGCUCCUGAAGAUGGAAAGAAGAUGCCUGCAACCGAUGUUGUUGGCAUUGUGGCUUCAGUUGUAUGCCUUGUUUUAUUGGUUCUAGCUAUUCUUCAUUACAAAGGAUGUAUGGGAUGCACAACCAAAAUGAGCGAAGAUAAUGACAAUCAGUGUUAG